AUGGUCUCCUCCAAGGACGCCGAAAUCUUCCGUGAAGAUGCCCGUCUUCGAGGCAAAAAGCUUACUCCCGCCGAACGAGAGAAGCUGCUGAAGCCCUACCUCCCAGAACCAGCAAAGGAAGAAGACAUGAACACUACCAAACAAGCAAGAAAAUCCAAGUCAACGAAAUCAAAAUCGAAAAGUAAACCGACGCCAAUUCGAACAUUCCUCAAAUCGCAGAUUCAUCGUCUCAUCUAUGUCCUUAUUCACCUCUGUCUAGGAUUUUAUAUUCGCAUUACGCAAACCAUUGCUGCUGUGACUGAUCGCGUGCUGGCGGUUACAUAUUAUCAUCACCGAUCGCCGGAACUUAUUGCCCGAGAUGUCAAAGGAUUGAGUCGAUUGCCGGAACAUCUGAGUGUGUUGUUGAAGCUGCGCAAGAGAGAGGAAGAUGCCCUACAGACAUUGAUGGAUGAGACGGCCGAAUUGGCCGCGUGGACAACGUGUGCUGGGAUUCCUGUAUUGAGUGUCUACGAGAAGACUGCCAUCUCCGAUAAACUCGCCCUCUACUACGGCUCCCCAUCCAAUCAACCUCACCUCUGCAUCUGUGCUCCUCACCACAGCUCCUACGCCCCCGCCUCACAUAUCAAAUCCAAAGGACAGAAAAAGCCCUCCCUCACAGUUCUCCUACUCUCACACUCCGACGGCCGCGAAACCCUCGUGGACCUCACAAAGACUCUAACUGAAAUGGCACAAUCCGGCAAAUUGUCGCCAAACGAUAUUAGCACAAAGCUUAUUGAUGCGGAGAUUAGUGAAUUGACUUCUUGUCUUUCGUCUUCUUCGUCGUCGUCGUCGCCGCCUUCACCACCUCCGGCUUCGUCAUCGGUGCCGAAUGAGUCUUAUUCUGACAAUGAUACCGAGAUGUUACCCUCCUCGCUUUUCCACCCUAUAAAACCUGAACCGGAUUUGUUGAUUAUAUUCGGACCUAUCGUACGAUUAGAGGGGUAUCCGCCAUGGCAGGUCCGGUUGACGGAGAUAUUCUGUACAGGCGAUAAGACGAGUAGUAUCGCCGGGGGAAAUGAAGAGGUGACUGUCGAAUACCAGGGGUUUUUGCGAGCAUUGUGGAGGUAUGCCAGGGCUAGUUUUAGAUACGGACGGUAG